GCGACAUUUACACGAACACAUUUGCGACAGCAUCAUGGCGGCGUACGGUGCUAGUUUUGAGAGUUCGAGCAGUAUCGAUGAAAGAAAAGAAAAAAAACGACAGGCUCGACAAGAGGUGCUAGAACAGGCAAAGCAGCAGUUUGAGAAAGAAGAGAGGAGAAAAGAGCUGAAAAGGUUAAGAGGAGAGGACACCUGGAUGCUCCCUGAUGUCAAUCAGAGGCUGCAGCAAAUAGAGGAGGACGGAAAGGUCAAAAAGAAAAAGAAAGAGAAGAAAUCCAAAAAGAAAAAGGAGAAGAAGAAGUCCAAAAAGGAGAAGAAAACCGCAGAAGAAGAUGGCUCAAGUGACGGUUCUGAGGGCUCUGAGGAUGAGUGGGUUGAGGCUCAGCCUCAGCCCCAAGCCAGAAAACCUUGGCAGGUUUCCAGUGACUCCAAACCUUCAGAAGAUAACCUCAGCUCAAACCAGAAUGUUCAGAGAGAUGAAUGGAUGACAUUUGACUUCCUGGCAAUGAAGACCACAUCCACUGCAGAGAAGAAGGCAGAGAAAGAACGACAGAAAGAAGAGGAGAGAGCGAAGGCUCGGGAAAUUGAACAGGCUGGUUUGCACAAAUUGGAGUUGAACCCAUACUGGAAAAAUGGAGGAACUGGCCUGCCUCCACAGGAGUCAACUGGUAGUGCAGCAAAGACAGCUGUAGGUUCAGUAGUUAACGAUGGUGGUUUGAGCUGGCUGAGGAAGAGUUACCAAAGGAUGAAGGAACAGGCAGAGAGGGAGCAACGAAACCUCACUGACUUGGUGGCUGAAAGAUAUGGAUCAAUGGAAGAAUUUCAGCAGAGACUAGCAGAAGCUGAAAAGGCCUUUUACGGACGGGGAAGAGAAGAAAGAGGAAGAGGGGAAGGAGAACAUGGUUGGAGAGAUAGUGGAUGGAGAAAAGGAGAAAAUGAGAACAGAGAGAGAUGGAGGAGAAGAGAGGGAGACACCAAAGGAGGUGAACAAUGGCCAAGACAUGACAGGGACUCAUCAGCGAGAGACAGGGAGAGAUACCCCUCUGGAAGAGAAGAGGCGGGGGAGAGGAAAAAUGAAGGUUACCGGGGGAGAGGAGAAGAGAGGGCAAGAGAUGAGGACAGGUUUAGAGAGAAGAACAGACACAGAGACAGAGAUCGAGACAGAGAUAGGGAGAGAGAAGGAGAAGCUGAAAGAAGCAGAGAUCGAGACAGAGACAGGGACAGGGACAGGGACAGGGACAGGGACAAAGUCAGCCCAUUGUCAUCAUCUUCAUCAUCAUCCAGGAGUCAGGGUACCCACUCGAGUGGCUCACUUCAAGGCCGCUUCCUUAAACCCUCAGACGAAGAUGACGUCGGAUUAGGCAGCGAGCAUCGGCUUCCACUCCGUCCCAAUGCAAAAUACUUGAAACCCGCCUCUGAUCAUGAAGCUUCUGCUACACGCAGUGCAGCCAUUCCAGCCUGGAAGAAGAUCAGUAAUCCAACCAAAAAUAAUGACCACGUAGAAAACACACCUCAGGAGAUAAAGAGUGAUCCUAGUCAAACUGGGACUGCUACAAAGGAAACCCCAUGUGGGAGCAAAGCUCAAGUAAAAACAUCAAGAGAUGAGAGCGAAAGUGAGGAAGAAGAAGAAGAGGAGGAAGAAGAAGAAGUUCCUCUGCUGUCAGAGGAGGAGAUGAACAGACUGGCAAGUGAGCUGGUGAAGGCAGAACUCAGGGGCAGAACAGCCCAGGUUGAGAAACUGAAAUCACAACUUGAAGCUGCACGACAAGCCAGAGAGAACCAUGCCGCUCAGAAGAAGCAGUUUGAGAUGGCAAAAUCCGGCCAGCCAUCUGGAAAAUCCUCUGAAGAGCAGGAAGUCCUUCUGUUUAGAACAGACCAAUCUGGUCGAGCCUGGCCAGUCAACGCCCCCUCUGGACCUCACGAGCCGCAUGGAGGACGACGCAAAAAGAAACCGAUCGAGACUCAUGUGGAUGGAGAGCGUGUGCGAUAUUUCCAGGAUGAUGACAAUGUUGGUCUGCAAGAAAUGGUGCGGAGGGAGAAGAUGAGCUCAGCUCAUGAUCAGCAUGCCCUCUACUCUCGCAUGGCUGCCAAGAUGAUGGGGAAGACGGACGACGACAACUACACGCUGGAUGACAUGUUUGUGUCAAGUGCAGCACAGCGGGAGGGCGAGGGGAAAGAGGAGGAGAGGAUGAGGAGCAGAGCCAUCGGGGAGAGUAGGAGGAUGGCUGCCUCUCUGGAGAAAUGUCAGCGCUGCUUCAGCAGCCAAGAGCUCCAGAAGCACUUAAUAGUGGCAAUAGGGAGCAAGGUGUACCUGAGCCUUCCUGCAGGAGUGUCAAUGGCAGAGGGACAUUGUCUUAUUAGUCCUCUACAGCACCACUGUUCCGCAACCUCAUUGGACGAAGACGUCUGGUCGGAGAUGCAGCUGUUCCGCCGUACGUUGGUCCGCAUGUUUGAGUCACAGGAGCUGGACUGUGUGUUCAUGGAAACUCACAUGAACCUUCAAAGAAAACAACACAUGGUCUUGGAAUGUAUCCCACUACCUAAAGAGUUGGGAGACAUGGCACCAAUAUACUUUAAGAAAGCUAUCUUGGAGUGUGAUGAGGAAUGGGCGAUGAACAAGAAGAUUGUGGAUCUGUCUUCCAAAGAUGUCAGACGAGCUGUUCCUCGUGGUCUGCCCUACUUUGCGGUAGAUUUUGGACUCCAGGGAGGAUUCGCUCAUGUCAUUGAAAAUGAACAGAAGUUCCCUUACUACUUUGGCAAGGAAGUGGUUGGUGGCAUGAUGGACUUAGAGCCACGACGAUGGAGGAAGUUGAUCAGAGAGAACUUUGACAAUCAGAGGAAGAAGGUGUUGCAGUUCGCCCAGUGGUGGAAACCAUUUGACUGCACCAAGACUUAGGGCAGAACAUCAGUGAGGGCUGAUGCCCUGGAGAAAUAGGGAUUAAAUAUAGUAAAAAAAAAAAAUUAAAUUUGUGUAUAACUUAGUUGUCAGUUAUUAGUAGGUAUUACAUAAAGGUAUUGCAAAGUAAAGUCAUCAAAACUAUAACUGUUUCUAUCAAAUAAAACCUUAAAAAACUCUU